AUGACCGGCUGCACAGCCAUGAAAAGAUUAAGUUUAGGCACUGAUCAAUCUGCUCUUUUAGCCCUGAAAGCCCAUAUCACGUCAGAACAGCAUGAAUUCUUGUCAAAAAACUGGUCUUCUGCAGCUUCUGCAUCCUCUGUCUGUGACUGGAUAGGAGUCCAGUGCGGCUCUCGACACCAAAGAGUCACUGCUUUAAAUGUUUCAAACAUGGGACUCACCGGCACAAUACCUCCGGAUUUGGGAAACCUCUCCUUUCUUGUUUCUCUUGAUCUGAGAAGUAACUCCUUCCACGGCAGUUUGCCCGAAGAGUUGUCACAUCUACGCCGCCUGAGGCUCAUCUUGUUUUCCAACAACAGAUUCACUGGGGCGAUUCCAAUGUGGUUUGGUCACUUUCCAGAACUCCAAUUCUUGCUCCUGGACAUCAAUGGUUUUAGUGGUUUUGUUCCUUCCUCUAUAUCCAACUUGUCAAGAGUGGAAAAGUUAGAUCUAAGCGAAAAUUUCCUGCAAGGAAAAAUUCCAGAAAAGAUAGGAAAUCUUUCAGCCCUCAAAUUGCUGAAUUUUUAUCGGAAUUAUUUAGCUGGUCAAAUACCAUUGAGCUUAUGCAAGAUUUCUCAACUAAAAGCGCUAGACUUGUCAUCCAACAGGUUUGGCGGGUACAUACCCAAAGAAAUUGGAAAUCUGGAGAAGCUUACGUAUUUAUCCCUCAUGAAUAACAACUUCACAGGUGUAAUUCCCCGAGAGCUUGGCAAACUGCAUGGUUUGAAGGUUCUCGUGUUGGGGCGUAACAACUUGACAGGUACGAUUCCACGAGAGAUAGGCAAUCUGCAAAACCUACAAAGGCUCAAUCUGGAAUGGAAUAAAAUCGCGGGAAGCAUUCCAAAAGAAAUCGGGAAUUUGACGAUGCUUACUGAGCUCUACUUUGCCAACAACUCCUUGACAGGUACAAUACCACGAGAGAUGGGUAACCUUUACCUACUCGAGAAUCUUCAGUUACCGUAUAAUGGCUUGAAUGGCUCCAUUCCCCGUGGCAUCUUCAACCUCUCAGCAUUGUGGAACAUUGCACUUUCAUCUAAUCUUCUAUCAGGAAAUCUUCCGCGGGAUCUAGGAUACAGACUGCCCAAGUUAUUAUUCAUAGAGCUUGCUGGGAAUAACCUUGGUGGGGUUAUACCAGUGUCCAUUACAAAUUGUUCCCAAUUAAGAAUGCUAGAACUUUCAAUUAACAGAUUCACUGGUUCCAUUCCUGACGCCCUCGGGGACCUUAGACUGCUGCAAGUUCUAGCUCUGUACAGCAACAAUUUAACAAGUGAUCCUACAUCUAUGGAGCUGAGCUUCAUCACUUCAUUGACAAAAUGCAAAAACUUGGAUUAUUUAGCCCUGGGCCCAAAUCCGUUAAAUGGGCUUCUUCCAGCUUCCAUUGGGAAUCUCUCUGCUACUCUACAGAAAUUGUAUAUAGGAACUAGUGAAAUCAAGGGCACCAUACCAAGUCAAGCUGGCAACUUGACCAAUUUGAUAUUGCUUGCUCUACAAUCGAAUCAGUUGACUGGAGGCAUCCCAGCAGCAUUCAAAGAUCUACAAAACAUGCAAACUUUGGAUAUGGAAGAUAAUAAUCUAAAUGGCACUUUAGAAAACCUUUGCAAUUUGCAGAGGUUGGCUUAUGUAUACCUGACUGCGAACCGAUUUUCCGGGUCCAUACCAGAAUGCUUUGGCAAUAUGACUUCUCUUCGGGAACUUGAUCUAGGAAACAACUUUUUAGUCUCUGCCAUACCUAAUAGUUUUUGGAACCUCAAAGAUCUCUUGCAGUUGAACUUAUCCUCAAACUCCCUUAAUGGUUCCUUGCCUCUUGAAGUUGGAAAUUUGAAAGCUAUUACAUCUAUAGAUGUAUCAGCGAAUCAAUUCUCCGGUGACAUUCCUAACACAACAGGUGAUUUGCAAUACCUGUUGAUUUUAAAUUUAUCCCAAAACCAAUUUCAGGGAUCUAUCCCAGAGUCAUUUGGCAAUAUGCUCAGCUUACAAGGACUUUACCUAUCGCAUAACAAUCUUUCUGGCUUCGUACCAAAGUCAUUGGAGGCACUUCGGUACCUUGAAGAGAUUGACGUUUCUUAUAACCAUUUAAGUGGUGAAAUUCCUUCUGGUGGUCGCUUUAGGAACUUUACCGCUGAAUCUUUUCUGUUCAACGAUGCAUUGUGCGGGGAUUCCAGGUUUCAUGUGCCGCCUUGCCCAAGAACUAAUUCAAUUCACAGGUCCAGAACAAAAAAGGUGCUUCUAUUUGUAUUUGUUCCUCUGGGAAUUGCUUCUGUGGUUGUCGCAGCCUUAGCAAUUGUCUUCAGAAGAUAUUGGAAGAGAUGUCAGGAUUCUAAAGGAACAAACGUGGUAUUAGUGCCAACGCAAGAAAGAGUUUCGUACUAUGAACUUCUUCGAGCAACUGAUAGGUACGGUGAAAUCAAUUUGCUUGGCAUUGGGAGUUUUGGAUCUGUUUACAAGGGGAUUCUCAAUGACGGAAGGUCUAUUGCUGUAAAGGUUUUCAAUUUGGAAUUGGAAGGAGUACUCAAGAGCUUUGAUGUAGAGUGCAAAGUCCUGAAGAACCUUCGCCAUCGAAAUCUUGUGAAGGUCAUCAGCGGUUGUUGGAACCAGGAUUUUAGGGCCUUGGUGCUUGAAUACAUGUGCAAUGGAAGCCUUGAGAAAUGGCUGUAUUCUGACAACUAUUUCUUAGAUACUCUACAGAGAUUGAAUAUAAUGAUAGAUGUGGCAAAUGCUGUGCAAUAUCUCCACGAAGAAUAUUCAACGCCUGUGAUUCACUGUGAUUUGAAGCCCAGUAAUGUCUUACUUGAUGAGGAUAUGGUUGCCCACGUCAGCGACUUUGGUAUUGCAAAAAUGCUGGAAAAGGAGGAAAGCUUUGCAUGGACCAAGACCUUAGCUACAGUUGGCUACAUUGCUCCAGAGUAUGGAUCUGAGGGGUUGAUAUCAGUAAAAUGCGAUGUUUAUAGCUAUGGAAUCAUGCUGAUGGAAGUUUUUUCAAGAAGAAAGCCUAAUGAUGAGAUGUUUGCUGGAAAUUUGAACUUGAAGAGUUGGGUAAAUGAUUCUCUACCUGAUUCGAUUCUUCAAGUUAUUGAUGCUAAGUUGUUGAAGCGUGAGGAUGAAAAUUUCACUCAGAAGCUGGAGAUUUUAUCGUCAAUCUUGGGAUUGGCCUUAAAAUGUGUCUGUGAAUCUCCAGGUGAGAGAGUUAGUAUGAAAGUUACGCUGGAGACACUGAAGAAGAUCAAACUCAAAUUCUUGCGGGUCAUGGAGUCUUUUCUUGUGUGGCUUGAAAAUCAUCUUAUACAUGUAAAUAGCCCUGGUUACUUUCUUCUUGAUGCGGGUUAUGCAAAUAGCCCUAGUUUCUUAGCUCCACAUAGGGGAGUUGGAUAUCAUCUUAGUGAGUGGUCUGCUAGUGGGAACAAGCCUCAAAAUUUUAAAGAGUUAUUCAACUUUCGACAUUCAAUUGCUCAAAAUGUGAUUGAAAGGACAUUUGGUUUGUUCAAGAAGCGACGGGCCUUUUUGAGAGAUGUAUCUUUUUUUGAUGUUAAGACUCAUGUCAUGAUAAUUAAUGCAUGUGCCAUCCUUCAUAAUCUUAUUCGAGUAGAACAACCAAAUGAUCCUUACUUGGAUGAAGUUGAUGCUGAGAUGCGAAGAGUACAGCAUGAGGUUGAUGAUGAAGAUGAAAUGGAAGAUGAAGCUGAGGAAGAUGGAAUGGAAGAUGAUGGUCCAAAUAAUGAUAGUGGUGUAAAUGCUAUUAAUGAGAAUCGAAUUCGAACAGUACAACCAACUACCGAGUGGACACAAUUUAGGAAUGCUUGA